CCCCGCCCACGACUCUCUCGUCCAGACAAAAUUUUUGGUCUCCUCCAUGGCUUCAUCGGAAAAGUCUCUGCCGCCGCCGGAAGCCUCUUACCACAGCCGGUUGGUGGCGGCCGAUCUGGCUCUCCGGCUACUGCUAUUCGCGUCGGCGGUGGUGGCCGUGGUGGUGAUGGUCACCAGCAAACAAACUGAGAUGGUCCGUUGGCCGGUUGCUCCCUUCCCUUUGCUGCCCAGAGCUGCUAAAUUCAACCAUUCUCCGGCCUUAAUAUAUUUGGUAGCUGCACUAUCAGUUGCUGGGCUUUAUAGCAUCAUCACUGGGCUGGUUUCCUUCUUAGCACUCUCCAAGCCGGGCGCCUCAGCAAAGAUACUGGCCCAUUUCGUGAUCCUUGAUGUGCUGAUGCUGGGCAUCGUGUCUGCGGCGACCGGAGCUGCCGGAGGAGUGGCUUACAUCGGGCUGAAAGGGAACUCUCACGUGGGCUGGAACAAGAUUUGCAGCCUCUACGACAAGUUCUGCCGGCAUGUCGGAGGAUCCGUCGCCGUCUCCCUCUUCGCCUCCGUUGUUCUGGCGCUGCUUGUCAUCCUCUCCGCUUACUCCCUCUCCAAGAAGAUCCCCAAGUGAAGUCUCCGGCCACCGGAAACAACCAAAACCUUAACUAAGUAGUUGUUUGGUGCUGAAUUGGAACUAGAAAAUGUUGUUUCAUUGUGCAGUGUUUAAUUUUGAGUUGAUUUUUUCUUUUUGGGUAUUAAUUUUCUGAUGUGUAGUGUAUAUGUUGAUGUAAAAUAAGCUCUGUGAUUACCAAUUAUGGCAAUUUCAAGAUUGAUUCAAAAUAGAAAGAAAGAUGGAUUGUUUUUGGCAAA